GUGAUGAGCUUGUUCUCAACCAUCCGUGGCAAGAAAGGAGUUCCGGGUAUUGGUACGGUGGCUGUCGGUCCGAUUGCAAGCAAAACCAAAAAGUUGGUAAUACAGGAAUGGCCAAACUUUCCUUUUCAGAAGACCUUCGGUCUUGGCGACAAUGAAAAUCCGGCGGACAACGAGGCUUUCAUGAAGAUCUGGCCAACUGUUCAGGAGUUCUUCCACAAAUUGAUAGUAACGAUGCAACUAGACGACGAUCUCGUACGAAACGCUUGUGAGGAACUUGGCGCACGGCAUGUCGACUUCAUCGCUCGUGGUUUCAAUUCUAAUUUCUGGGAUAUAUUUCUGGUAUGUAUGGCUGAAGUUGUAGAUGAAACCCUAACUGGAUACAUUACGGACGAAGCGAAACGAGCAGAAAUGAUAUUGGCAUGGCAAAGUAUAAGGGGAUAUGGGAGGGUUCUGUUGCGCAGGGUUAGUGGAACUCAUGGUUAA